GGAGUGCUUAAAGGAGGUGUUUAUAGAAAAAACAUAUUUUUUUACUGUAGUUGCACAUGUGUUUAGUGGAAAGGAAGGUGUUUACUUAAGCACGUGUUUGUAGAUUUAGUGAUACAGUGAUGAUACAGUACUGCUCUACAGUAAAUCUAGUACCGAUCAUGGUUACUGUAGCGCGCCUCAUAAAAGCCUGUUCCUCACUGCCUUUACCCCUUAAAGGUAGAGGAACCGGAUCCCUGGUGACAGUCCCCUGAGCUAUUAAAGGCACUAACCAAUUGAUCUACUACUCAGUUCGCAAAGCAAUUCUAGGCAGAGGGUGGUGAGUGGCGUCAGGAUGAAAAUGUCUUCGAUCCUCGUGCUGCUCAUCGCAUUCUUAUCUGCAGCUGCCACCCUUCCAUCGGAAGCACUCAACGUGAGAGGCCCCCUGCUGAAAUCCAAGACGUUCCUCUCCACACCCUUCUCCCUGCGCCCCGGCUCGGUCUCAAACAAAUGGAACUACGACAUCGAGUUCCCCAGAGGCCACCUCGCGCUCAAGAGCUUCAGAGGCGAGCUCGUCGACGAGCACGGCGUCCCUGUGCCUCUCUACGAGACCUACCUUCACCACUGGGUUGUGGAACCAUACUACGCCGCCAAGAACGAUCGCGUCGCCGAUGAGCAGAAGCUCCCGAAGAUGAUCCUGGCAAGGAACUCCGGCGUGUGCAAGCACACGGUGGGACAGUACUUCGGCCUCGGCUCCGAGACCCGGCACACCGCGACAUGGGUGCCUGAUCCUUAUGGAAUCGAGAUUGGCAACCCGGAGAAGCCCCCUGAGGGGUACGAGGAGAAAUGGCUGCUCAAUGUGCACGCCAUCGACACGAGGGGCGUGGCCGACAAGCUGGGGUGCACCGAGUGCAGGUGUGAUCUGUACAACGUGACGGUCGAUGAGUAUGGCGGCGCCAUUGGGAAGGACUACAUCGGCGGCCGGCGCUGCUGCCCUGAUCAGAGCCAGUGCAAGGUGAAGGAAGGGUUCAAUGGCGAGGCGAGGAAGCUGUUCUUGCAGUACACGGUCACGUGGCUUGACUGGAGCGAUGCGGUUGUGCCGGUCAAGAUUUACAUAUUUGAUGUCACUGACAGGGCUCUGCUUGAGGGAAAAUCUGAACCUGCUUGCAAGGUGGAGUAUCAGGUGGAGGAAUGCAGGUCAGAAAACCGGGCCAAGAACGAUUGCGUCGAUGUCGCGGUGGCCAAACAAGUCCUACCGCGUGGAGGCGACAUCGUGUUCGGCGUCGCGCACCAGCAUUCAGGGGGCAUCGGUGCUUCUUUGCACGGCGAGGACGGACGUCUGCUUUGCGCGUCGAUGGCGACCUACGGCGACGGGCAGGAGGCCGGGAACGAGGCGGGGUACGUCGUCGGCAUGUCGUCGUGCUACCCGAAGCCGGGGACGGUGAAGGUGCGCGACGGCGAGGUGCUGACCGUCGUGUCCAACUACAGCAGCGAGCGGCAGCACACGGGGGUGAUGGGCCUGUUCUACAUCCUCGUGGCCGAGCAGGAGCAGCAGCCGGCACUGUGCUUCAGUUUCCCUGUCUCAUGGUGCCUACCGGCAUGGCUGUCGAGUAACAUGUGAAGGAUCCUAGAUAUCAGUAUGUAUUUACGCCGACAGGGGCGAAGCUACAGUGGCCCAUCCCGAGUACACCGGCACCAGAGAAAAAUAAAAUCUUAGUUUUCUGCAAUUCAAUUUUGUUGGUAACACUAGUCCCGUUCACUAGUCGUGUCAGGGUCUGUUAGUUUGCUUUCCAAUAAAAGAGCUCGUGUUGAGCGCGUCCUUAGGGCCAGACGCAUGCGCGUUCAUGCAACGGCUGAGUCUUCGAGUCCGUAGAGCACGGCAUGCCACUCCGUCGUGGGAUGGCGCGACAAGAUCGGGAGGCAUGGCGUGCAUGGUUUCGUGGUGUUAGCGGGCCACGAUCGUUUCUUGUUUUCAUCUACAUAUAUGCAAUACAAGGGUCAGAAAUCGCUGCCACUUGCAGCACCAAAAA